UGGCCUUUCUGCCGCACAAAAGCAUGAACUCAAUGUUUUUGCAGCAGUGCGGGCCUGCAUGGUGAAUGGAUGGCUCAGGUUAGAGUAGCAGUGCAAGACGAGGUGAAAGAAGAAGAGGACUCCGAUGACGAAGACGCUGAGGCAGGAAAAGAGAAGGGCCUGGCUCCAGUCAACAGGAACUUGCUUAUAUCCAAUGUUUCAGCCAAUCAGCCGAUUGUCAACAGCUACAGGUCCGAUGAAGAUCAAGGAUCUGAUGAUUCAGACGAAGGGGUUCCGCAUGCAGAAAAUGCAGCUGCUCUCCUCGAAAAUGAUGUCUCCAAUAUGCUGACUCGAGACAAAAACCAAGCGGGUGUUGAGAGGUCAGAUUUGGAGAAAACCUUGGAGAAGUUGGGUUUUCGAGUUGUCGGUGAAGAGGAGGAUACUGAUGAUGAUGCUGCGGUGGGCGUGCGCCGCCACAGUGUGGCCAAUUCGGCUGAUGCCGAUACCUGCCAAGAACUCAUGGUGCAGCUCUUUCCCGGGAAGAGGCAAAGCUACAAGAUUCAUCCGCAGCACUUGGGACUACCAGCUGUGCUGAGGCAUGUAUUUGUAGCUCAAGAGGAACUGUUGAAAAGAUCUGCACAAGGCGUAGUCGAAAGCAGCUCCAUGAAAGUUGCCAUGAAGAAAGCCGAGGCUUGGCUUCGAACGCGCAUUUGUGGCCCUCGAGCCUUGAAGGUCUCGCGAUUUCUACAGCAAAUCACCAACAGAAAGCCCUUCAUAAUUUUCUUCUUCCUGCUCACGGUUUACGUCUUGAUCUUUCCAGACUUGAUCCAUAUAUGUACCGACAGCGAUGCUGACGAGCCGUUGCUCACGGCGAAUACUGUGGUUUUCUUUUUGUUUUUGUUCGAGCUCAUCCUCAUAGUCUGUGUUGAAGGAAGCUACAUUCUUUCCAUUCCAUUUGUGCUAGAUGCUGUUUCACUUGUCAGCUUGUUUUUGGACACCUGGUUUGUGGCCGAGAUUGCCGUGGACAGCAAAGGCUCCUCUUUGUCGCGCCUGGCGCGAUCGUCCAGGAUUGCCCGCAUAGCCAGGAUCGGCAGAGUAGCCCGAGUCACGAAGUUGAUCCCGCGCGUGCUCAAGCUCUGCAGGAAGCAAAGCAACGCCCUUGCAGAGCAGCUGCUGUUGAGGCGCCUAUGGCGGCUAUUCCAAUACUUGGACACCGCUGGUGAGGGCAAGCUGUCAGUGUUUGAUCUGAAGAUUUUCUACCUGGCGCUUCUACAAGAAUGCCCGCACGUGCGUCCGGACAAAGUGGACGUGGCCACGUUGCUCUCCAAGGACAAAGACCUGCUUCUGAGCCGCGGGCAGACUGAGAGCGGGGAGAUUGUUGAGAACGAACCUAUUCUAACCGUGGAAGACUUCAGUGGCAUUCUGAUGGAGACUGGGCUCGGAGUACACCUUGUUGAGUUUCACCGCCACGACUUGGAGUCCGAUGGUGGGAGUGUGUGGGCACUCACGCAGAGGCUAAGUGACAGCACAGCAAUGAAGGUUUGUGUCGGGAUACUGGCAUUGGUGGCAACUAUGUCUCUUUUGGAGGUGGAUACCAUCGACCACGCACCAUCUCAUGGGCUUGCCCAGCUUGACAAGAUGGCCAGAGACAUACACUUGCAGGGAUCUUCGGACGACUGGACAUACUUAUGCGUCCAGAUAGAUGUGUAUAAGAAGCACAAUGACCUGAUGUACCUUUACUUAGAUGG